CUCCUGCGCAUGCGCGUGCAUCAUUCUGAGGAGGAAACACCUGUGUCCAAAUCGAAAGUUAAGACUCGACAUGUAAAUUCACAUUUCGAGGACUUUCAUAACAUUCAUAAAUAUCACAUUAUGGUCUGAAGUCAGUUUCUCAUUAUGGGGAACAGAGAGAGCAGACAGAGAUCUUCAUCUUCAGAGCCUAGCUGUGUGUCUCUGAAGAGUGACGGAUCCAUGAUUCCGCCUCUUCAUUUCAGUGAUGAAACAGUGACCUCUGACCCCAGUAUCUGGAGUCAGAGAUCUUCAUCUGCAGUACCCAGCUGUGUGUCUCUGAAGAGUGACGGAUCCAUGAUUCCGCCUCUUCAUUUCAGUGAUGAAACAGUGACCUCUGACCCCAGCAGAGUGGAUAGAGAUGAUCAGACUGGAGAUUCUCCUCAACCAAUGAAUGAUGAACUACAGAGAAUCAAAGACCGACACAAAACCAGCAUGAAGAACAAGUAUGAGAGAUUAUUUGAGGGACUGAAACUCCAAGAGAAUGAAACCCUCCUGAACAGGAUCUACACACAGCUCUACAUCAUAGAGGGAGAGAGUGAAGGAGUGAAUAAACAACAUGAGGUUUUACAGAUGGAGAAAACAGCCAGAACACAACACUCACAAGACACUCCAAUCUACUGCAAUUACAUCUUUAAAGCCUCACUUGAACCAGGACGUGAGGAGAAACACCAGAUCAAGAAGGUUCUUACUAAAGGAAUCGCUGGAAUCGGAAAAAACGUCUCUGUGCAGAAGUUCAUUCUGGACUGGGCCGAGGGAAAAGCCAAUCAGGAUGUAGAUUUCAUGUUUGUGCUUCCAUUUCGAGAGCUGAACUUGAUCAGAGAUCAUCAGUACAGUCUUCACAGUCUUCUGCUGGACUUUCAUCCUGAACUUCAAGAUCUGGACUCAAAGAUUUAUGAGGAGUGUAAAGUUGUGUUCAUCUUUGAUGGUCUGGAUGAAAGCAGAAUGACACUGAUGUUUUCAGGCAAAAAGAAAGUUUCUGAUGUGACUGAGACUUCAUCAGUGGGUGUGUUGAUGUCAAAGCUCAUGACAGGAGAUCUGCUUCCCUCUGCUCUCAUCUGGAUCACCUCCAGACCAGCAGCAGCCAAUCAGAUCCCCUCCAAAUACAUCCACCGUCUGACAGAAAUUCAGGGAUUCAAUGAGCCUCAGAAGGAGGAAUAUUUCAGGAAGAGAAUCAGUGACGAGCAUCAGGCCAGCAGAAUCAUCUCACACAUCAGAAGAGCAAGAAGCCUCCACAUCAUGUGCCACAUACCCGUCUUCUGCUGGAUCUCAUCCACUGUGCUUCAGAAGCUCCUGAAAGAAGAUCUGAGUGCAGAAAUCCCUCAAACUCUGACUGAAAUGUACAUCCACUUCCUGCUGAUUCAGAUCAACAUGAGGAAUCAGAAGUAUGAAGAGAGAAAACCACAAAAACUCAUGAAAUCCAACAGAAAAGUGAUUGUGAAACUUGCUAAAGUGGCUUUCAAUCAGCUGAUGAAGGGCAAUGUGAUGUUCUAUGAGGAGGACCUGAGAGAGAGCGGCAUAGACGUCACUGACGCCUCAGUGUAUUCUGGGAUUUGCACUGAGAUCUUUAAGGAGGAAUCUGUGAUUCAUCAGAGGAAAGUCUACAGCUUCAUUCAUCUGAGCGUUCAGGAGUUUCUCGCUGCUUUCUAUGUGUUUUACUGCCAUUUAACGAAGAACAAGGGACCACUGCAUGAAUUCAGCUUUUACAGAUCUGAUAAAGAGUCCCUGUAUGAUAAAGUCUCUAUAUAUGAUCUACUAACAUCAGCAGUAAAUAAAGCCCUCAGGAGUCCGAAUGGACAGCUGGAUCUGUUCCUGCGGUUCCUGCUGGGUGUCUCACUGGAGUCCAAUCAGAGACUCUUACAGGAUCUACUGACACACACAGAGAAAAGCUCAGAGAGCAUCAGAGAAACCACACAGUACAUUCAACAGAAGAUCAAAGAUGGACAUAGGCUCUCAGCUGAUCAAUCCAUCAAUCUGUUCCUCUGUCUGCUGGAAGUGAAAGAUCAGACUCUGUCCAGAGAGAUUCAGGAGUUUGUGAAAUCAGACAAACACUCAGUGAAGGAACUCUCUCCUGCUCACUGCUCAACAAUCGCCUACAUGCUUCAGAUAUCAGAGGAGCCGCUGGAUGAGUUUAAUCUGAAGAAAUACAACACAUCAGAUGAGGGGAGAAGAAGACUGAUACCAGCUGUGAUCAACUGCAGAAAAGCUCUACUUGCUGGCUGUAAUCUCUCUGUCCAGUGUUGUGAGAGUUUGUCAUCAGCUCUUCAAUCCUCAAACUGUGUCCUGAGAGAGCUGGACCUGAGUAACAAUGACCUGCAGGAUUCAGGAGUGAAGCUUAUUUCUGAUGGACUGAAGAGUCCAAACUGUCAGCUGCAGAUACUGGGACUUGCUGGCUGUAAUCUCACUGGUCAGUGUUGUGAGAGUUUGUCAUCAGCUCUUCAAUCCUCAAACUGUGUCCUGAGAGAGCUGGAACUGAGUAACAAUGACCUGCAGGAUUCAGCAGUGAAGCUUAUUUCUGAUGGACUGAAGAGUCCAAAGUGUCAGCUGCAGAUACUGAGACUUGCUGGCUGUAAUCUCACUGGUCAGUGUUGUGAGAGUUUGUCAUCAGCUCUUCAAUCCUCAAACUGUGUCCUGAGAGAGCUGGACCUGAGUAACAAUGACCUGCAGGAUUCAGCAGUGAAGCUUAUUUCUAAUGGACUGAAGAGUCCAAACUGUCACCUGCAGAUACUGAGACUUGUUGGCUGUAAUCUCACUGUUCAGUGUUGUGAGAGUUUGUCAUCAGUUCUUCAAUCCUCAAACUGUGGCCUGAGAGAGCUGGACCUGAGUAACAAUGACCUGCAGGAUUCAGCAGUGAAGCUUCUUUCUGAUGGACUUUCUGAUCCAACCUGUCAGCUGCAGAUACUGAGGUUGUCUGGCUGUAUGGUGACAGAGGAAGGCUGUGGUUAUGUGUCUUCAGCUCUGAGUUCAAACCCCUCAUACCUGAGAGAGCUGGAUCUGAGCUACAAUCACCCAGGAGAUUCAGGAGUCAAGCUGAUGGACAAACUGAAGGAUCCAAACUGCUCACUGCAGAUACUCAAUGUGGAUCAUGGAGGAGAGAUCAGGGUCACAGCAGGACUACGAAAGUUUGCCUGUGAUCUCACACUGGAUCCAAACACAGCACACACUCGUCUCAUUCUGUCUGAGGAGAACAGGAAGGUGACAGGUGUGGAAGAGAAGCAGCCGUAUCCUGAUCAUCCAGAGAGAUUUGAUGAGUGUCGUCAGGUUCUGUGUGGAGAGAGUCUGACUGGACGCUGUUACUGGGAGGCUGAAUGGAGCAGAGAUGCUGUUAUAUCAGUGACAUAUAAAGGAAUCAGCAGGAAAGGAGGGAGUUAUGACUGUAUGUUUGGAUACAAUGACAAAUCCUGGAGUCUGAACUGCUAUGAUAACAGAUUCAGUGUCUGGCACAAUAAGAAAAGCACUGAUAUACCUGACGUCCGUUCAUCCUCUAAUAGAGCAGGAGUGUAUGUGGAUGUGUCGGCCGGCACUCUGUCCUUCUACAGCGUCUCUGACACACACACACUCACACACUUACACACAUUCAACACCACAUUCACUGAAACCCUCUGUGCUGGAUUUAAGGUUUAUAAUGAUUCUUCAGUGUCUCUGUGUCAGAUUAAAUACACACACACACACACACACACACACACACACACUUGUAAAUCCUCUUUCAUGUGUAGUUAUUUAUCUACAUCUAAUUGUUGUGAUAGUAAUUAUUUUUUUAGAUUCAGAUCUAACCGUUCAACUGCUGGCGGGGCUUAAUAAUUACCGUCUGAUGCUGUGAAAACCCUUCUGGUCAGUCGGUCAAGCCUCUCAUGCCCUUUACUUUUUAGGGUGUUAAUUUCAUAUCGUUUUCUGGAUGCUGUCCUGCUUACUUUUUACUUAAAUACAUAAUAUUUGAUAUAAUGUGUGGAAUAUUAUUAAUUUGCGGAGCGGGUCGGGAAUCAAGACUAUUUUGACUUUGGUAUCCGCUGAUAAUCAGGUGUUUUCAAAGAGCCUCGAGCUUAUUUGUGUUCACGCUCUGUAGUCUGAAGACUGUCAAAGGUUUCUAAUUACUACUUGAUUUACAGCGUUGAUCACAGGGUUUGAGCUCUGCAUCUGAAGUGAUUGACAGCUUUUGACUUUAUAAAGGGAGCACUCUUUACCUGCUUUCUUUAUAGGCAUUUUAAAUAAAAGUUUUAUUUUUCAUGCUGCUAAGAGGACCAACGGCCACAUAAACACUGCAGAGAUUCAGGAGAGAAAACCAAAUGCAGAGUGAAUCCACUAAAAUAUAUAUUAUAUGACAUUAAGGCUCAUAUUGGGCUAUAUGUUCUUUUGAUUUAUGGAGAUCUCUAAGUGUCUGUGGUUGUGGUGUGAUUUACACACAUUUGUGCAAAAUAGCCUGUAUGGGCAGAUCGUUCACAUAAUGUAGACGAAUGUUUUGUAUUAUUACAUGAUGGAUGUUCUCAUCUUUUUUUCUGUUAAUUAUUAUGUUAUUAUCUG